CAGUUUCACCAAAUCUCCAGAGCAGAAUGUACACUCGCGAUGAGCUCAAGCCUAUCUCGUGCGAUGACUGGCCGGAGCUAAGAGAUAUGUUCAAGCACGAGUGGCCCAAACACGAGAUCGCGUACAAUACCAUUCAGAACUACAUAAAUUGGGUGACAACUGAUCCGAAGAUAAGGCAGCUGCGGGUGUUUGGGUUGAACGACAGUUGGCGAGAAAAUGGAACCUACAUCAUUGUGGAUCGAUACCAGAUGUUCUUGCACAGCUUGGAGGAAUCGAAUGACUCAUUGAAACGGGCUCUCCAACUGAUCGAUUGGGAUUACAGUUACAUGAUCUGUAGUGCGCCCGACUCCAGUCGAUCGGUAUUGAAGGAUGUAUUCAAAUCGUUGAAUGUUGAUUUUCUAUGGGAAGCAACCAGCAUCAAGUACGAGCUACUAAAGGAAGAUUGCCUAAAGUUGGAAAUUGCGCUACCGGAAGGGCUGUAUCUGAAGAAACUCGAACUGAAACAUGCUUCCAUUGCCAACGAGCUUUGGCCGUACAGUUGCGAGGGGUCGGAAUUCUUCCUGAAACGAAUGGCAGCGUGGAAUACAUCGAUAGGACUGUUCAACGAAUCUGGUGAAAUGCUGGCGUGGAGUUUCUGUUGGCCAACGGGAGCCAUCGGUCCCCUGGAGGUGGCGAAAAAUCACCUCCGGAAGGGCUAUGGCAGUCUUAUUGCGAAAGCCAUCGCCAAGGAAGUGGCCAAAGUGGGGUUGAAUUGCUACGGAACGGUGGUUAGUACAAAUACGGUGUCGAAAGCCAUGUUCGAUAAACUUGGCUUCGUACCGGUGGAGGAUACCUACUAUGUUCGAACGCGUGCCAGAAAGCUGGUGGAGUAUGAUAAUUGAAAUUUUGGGAAUUUGACGGACAUCAGAUACACAUAUUAUCGUCUG